AUGAUGGCCCGGAUUUUUUGUGUUUUACUCCUAUCCUGGUUGGUUGCUGCUGAUCAGGAGGAUGCCGAUGGUGGGAAAUGUGAGAGAAUCAAGCUGUCACAAUGCCAGGAUCUGCGGUACAACUGGACAGCUAUGCCUAACCUUAUGGGACACAGGGAUCAAAAGGAGGCAGAGGAAGCGAUCAAAGCGUUCGUAAGAAUCAAGACUGGUUUGCAGAAAUGUACGUACGAAUUACAAAGAACUUUGAAAGCGUUUUUAAACCGUCUAGUGACCGGCAGUGUUGGCCUAGUGGCUUCAGUGUGCGAUUUAUCUCUAAGGUCGAGGUUCAAAGUGCAAUAA